GUUUCAUCUUUCUGACCUAUUCUCCGAUCCAUUCCGCAAAAUGUCAGCAUAUUAAUGUCUUUACAGUCGAUUUGCAAUCACAGAAAAUUUUAGUGGUGAUGCAUUUUUCAGGAAGUUUAGUAGAGUAACAAAAAUUAGUAGUCUUAUAAUUUUGUUGCAAAAUGGAGGCAACACCUAGGAUCUCAACUAUUUGAUUCACAUUUUCAAUUCAAGGUCUUUUGGGUAUGUCAGGCAGUGUUGUCAUAAGCGGGAAUCGGAUUUAAUCGGUGAAGUCACGGAACAGAGAUUAAUCGGUGAUUAAUUGAAUGGAUCGGGAAUUAAUCGGAUAAAUCAGUGAUUAAUCGGAGAUUUAAUCAGUUCGACGAGUUACGGAACAUGGAUUAAUCGAUGACUAAAUGUCAAAGAAUGAGUUUGUCUGAUGCCAUAUAUCUACUUCAAGACACGUGAAAUUACAAAUAUAACCUUUGCCAGCCGCAAAUCAAAAAAGUGCCAUUAUGUAAUUAUACAACAACAGAUCAUGUAUGAAGAUAAACACUCUCAGGCCUAUUUUUGACUGCAGAGAGGACGGGAGGAAGUAAACUCGAAUGAUUUGAGUUUUUAAAGUUGAAGAUAUUUGGAGGCUGGAAGUGAUUAUUAUUGCAGGUGAUUUUCCCAACAAGAUGGAGUCAUGAAAGGUUAUAUUAAAAGGAUCCACUAAAAUAAAACAUAUGGAGAAGUGGAAAAGGCAGCUGCAAUAUUAAUUUGGGUUGCGAUUUUAGGUGAACUUCUUCUGCAAGUUAAAAUCUCUACCAUACUGUGUGUUUUCUGUUGAAUUUUCAGACAAAAUGAAAAGCAGAGGCAUUGGAAUAUAUGAGCUUCAGUUGAGUGAAGUUUUAACGACAAUUAUCUGCAGCACUUUCUAGUAGAGACUUUGAUAAAGUAAGCAAUGGCCUUGAGAUGUUUAUGUGGAUUUUCUGAUGGUGAACUAAUGAGAUCAGAUUGCAAACCUUGCACAAGAUUGAUGAGGCAAACUGCUGGGAUUUUCACUGUUGGAGGAGGGUUAGGGUUUUGGGUUCUCUGCCGCUUGCAGUAUGAUAGAGUGCUGCGAUUAUUACACGAGAUUCGUGAUGAUAUUAGUGAACAAAAUGCAGUAAGGAAUGAACUAUGGGUAACAUUUCCUAGACAAGAGCAAGCUAUUAGUUAUCAAAAAGAACAUAGCAAUGUUUUUAUAUUUAGCUAUCAAGACCAUGUUAAUGGUCAGAGGAGGUUUGUUGUUUCAAGCUAUAAGGAGUUUUGGCGAAGGUACAAGAACAUGAAUCCCAAAUAUCGUCAUCAUUAUGAAGUUAUUCAGGAGGGAUUACCAUGCCACCUUUAUUUUGAUUUGGAAUUCAAUAAGAUCGAAAACUCAAACAACAAUGGUGAGGAAAUGGUUGAUAUACUGUUAUCACUUGUUUUUGAUUUCAUGAAUGAGAAGUAUUCUAUUGAAGGAGAUAAAGAGUUUGUUGUUGAACUUGAUUCGUCAACAGAAGAAAAAUUUUCUCGCCAUAUAAUCAUUUGUUUCCCUAACACUGCUUUUAAGAACAACCGACAUGCUGGUGCAUUUGUUGGUGAGAUUUGCUCAAGGAUACAAAAUGAAAGGGGAAGAGAUGGAAGAUUUGAAAAAUUGUUCAUAUUAAAAGAUAGGAACUCAUCUCAUGUGAAUAAAGAAGUUUUUAUUGAUAGAGCAGUGUAUUCCAGAAAUCGAUGCUUUCGCUUACCAUUGUCUUCAAAAGCACGAAAGACUUCUAUACUUUUACCUACUGGACGUUUUAAGUGCAGGUUAAUGAGUGAGGAAGAUAUGUUUAUGGCAUCUUUGAUCUGCAAAGUGGAUGUUGAUGUUCAAAAGAUUCUUAUAUGUGAAAAGGAUAUUGGUUGUUCAAACACUCUCCAAUUUGCUACACAGGUUCAUGUGAACUUCCAUAAAGAUUAUGGAGUCCCAAGAAAUCUUCUGUCAAAUUCUUGCAUAAUUGAUUCGUCAAGAAUAUUUCAGACAGGGAGAUCACUAUUUCCACUAUUGGAUAUGUUUGUAGAAUCUGUUGCCUCCUUAGGAAAUAUAUCAGGAAAAAUUCACAGUUGGCAUUGGUUUUCAGAGUAUGGUAUAAUGGUGUAUAAUAUGUCAAAAAAUAGAUACUGUGAGAGAAUUGGUAGACAACACAAAAGCAAUCAUGUUAUAUAUGUUGUUGAUCUAAGAAGAGCUAGUUAUUAUCAAAAAUGUCAUGAUCCAGAUUGCAGAGGUUAUCGCUCUCCACUACGUCCAGUUCCUGAAGAAAUUGUACCUGACACAACUGUAUUUUUUGAGGGUGUUAAGCGUCACAAAAUUUAUGAGAAUAAUGUUGAUAACAAGACGAUAGACAGUGUGGAUAGCUGCUUGAAAGAUGGUUGGUGGUUGGAAGCUGUAAAAUUUGCCGAAAAAGUUGAGAAAAAGACACUAGAUUUCGAUGUAGUAUCUUGAAUCAAAAUAUGUAUAGAAGCAAUACUUUUUGCUAAUGUAAAUAUGCUUGAAAUAGUAUGUAAAUAUUUGUGUUUGUGUCACAUAUUGAAGAAAUUGUGUAAUUUGUGUUCGAAACAAAUGUAAAUUUUGAUUUUUUAUGUA